CAUUGGUGCCUGCUCUUCUGACAAGGCUGUGUAAAUGUAGAAGUGAUCUGGGAGGAGGACCAAAGGUUCUUUGAUGGGGGGAAGAGUCCCAGCUGGUUGGGACCUCCACAGAGAACAUCUCCUCACUCAUAUCUACCUGAUCCAGAUGGAAUCUUGAUGGAAGUGAACUAACCCUCUCAUAUCUAUUGAUGAUGUUUUUCUAUUUUUCCAGGACACGCCAUGGAGAAACCCUCAAAGGAUCGUCUCACUUUAUCUCCAGGUUGUAAAAUGGAAGAUGAGGACAUCACAGGAGAUUGUGGAGGAGAAAAGACAAUGAGCUCCACUAUGGAUGGAGGACUUCACAGUGUGGAUAAACCAUGGAAUCCCUCUGACUCUGAGCAACCUCGUACUGUGAGGGGUGGGGCCGGGGUUCAGGGGGAGCAGAAAUUUUCCUGUGCUGAACCUCAGGAAAGUUCUAGCUCCGAAUUAAGUCAUCAUAGAGAUCAUGCCGAUGAGAAGUUGUAUUUCUGCUCUGAGUGUGGAAAAUAUUUUCAAUGGAAAUCAGAACUUAUCAUCCAUCAGAGAUCUCACACGAUGGAGAGGCCGUAUUCCUGUCCUGAGUGUGGGCAGUGUUAUCCACGGAAAUCAACACUUGUCCGACAUCUAAAAAUCCACACGGGGGAGAAGCUGUAUUCCUGCUCUGAGUGCAAGAAACGUUUUGCACAGAAGUCCCAUCUUGACGAGCAUCUUAGAAUUCACGUGGAAGGGAUGCUGUAUUCCUGCUCUGAGUGCGGGAAAUGUUAUCCACAGAAAUCAGAUCUUGUCCAACAUCAAAAAUCCCACACAGGAGAGAGACCAUAUUCCUGUCCUGACUGCGGGAAUUGUUUUGCGGUGAAAUCAACACUUGUCCGACAUCUAAAAACCCACACGGGGGAGAAGCCGUAUUCCUGUCCUGAAUGCGGGAAAUGUUUUUCAGAAAAGUCCUAUCUUCACAGACAUUUUAGGACUCACACGGGCGAUAAGCCGUAUUCCUGCUCCGAGUGCAGUAAAUAUUUCCGAUGGAAAUCAGAUCUCAUUAUACAUCAGAGAACUCACACGGGCGAGAAACCGUAUUCCUGUCCUGAGUGCGAGAAAUGUUUUUCACUGAAGUCUGUUCUUUAUAAUCAUAUGAAAGUUCACACAAGCAAGAAGACUUAAACCUGCCCUUAGUGUGGGAGAUAUUUGUCACGUUAGUCCCCAUAUUUACAGACAUCAGAGGGUUCACACGAGCAGAAGACCUAUUCCUGCACCCCAAAUCCAAGAAAUCCAAGGCUCAGACCGGGACAUGCGGGGGGGGGCUCACCAGAGAAAGUUUGGUUUUUGGGCCCACCUUCCAGACCUGUCAAAUUUUCCAACACGACACAAAAACUUUUCUUCCAUCUUCGUCGUCUUCACUCCUGAUGCCACAACAACGUUAUACCGUUCCAAUGUUUUAUUACACGGAUCCCGUAUAUAGAGAAUCUGCCUACAAGGGUGUAGAAAUGUUUGUGCCCCAAAAAUAUUCAUGUUAUUAAAGGUAUACAACCCCAAUUAUUUGCA